CUUGCAAAAUCUCUCAUGUUAACUUUGUUACUCGCCAUGUCUCUUUCAGGUUACUCUUUAAAUAAAGUGUUGGAUGACUUGCUGCAGUUUGAUUUUACUAUUAGUCUGUGGAGUGAGGUUCAUGCUGGAUCUCCUAAACCUGUUGGGCGCUUUUCUCACACUGCAAACCUGUAUCUUGACGCCAUGGUGGUGUUUGGCGGAGAAUUACAGGAUGGUAACCUCACCAAUGAUCUUUGGCUCUAUGACUUAACUCUCAACAAAUGGACAGAGCUUGCUGUAAAUGAUACUGUUAAACCACCUCCUCUUGCUGAACACAGCGCCACUGUGGUGGACAAUAUACUUUAUAUUUUUGGUGGUCGUACCAGUCGUGACCCAUUUUCUUCAGACAUGUUCUCAUAUUCAUUAUCAAGUAAAACUGGCUGGACAAAGAUUUUAUACCACAGUGGGAAUGAACUGCAUUUGCGUAUGUUGGGACAUACAGCAAUUUAUUAUGCUGAUCUGCAUUCUCUUGUUGUCUUUGGUGGAUUUGUUCCUUACAGAGCAAGGAGCAGUGAUCGCUCUAACAGACUUCUGGCAUUUCAUCUUGAUCAUCAAGUGUGGACUGAGCUUGCUGUCACAGGAGAUAUUCCCAGAGGUCGUUCAUUUCACUCUGCAGUUUUGGUGCACGACUACUUAGUUAUUUAUGGUGGAAAUGUCCAUAAACAUAGAGAAGAAGAAAUAUGUCAUGACAACAAGCUUUUGUUUUACCAUCUGAAAUGCCACAAGUGGAUUUCACCAUCAACAUUUGAUGCUCUUUCUCUUUCCUCCGGCAAUCCACAGCAAGGAAGGUUCUCUCACGGAGCUGUACUGCGGAAUGGAUCAGUCAUGCUUGUUGUGGGAGGAUUUAGUGGGUUGCCAUUGGGUGAUGUCUUAGGUUUUAAAUUGCCUAUCGCCAUUGCAGAAAAGAGUUCUUCAGGGGGGCACUGUGAAGGUUACAGUACUGAGAAGAGCUGCAUAGAAGACCCAGAAUGUGGGUGGUGUAGUAAAUCAUCCAAGUGUCUCAGCUUAGAUCAAUCAGCAAGUUGCAGUGCAACUCUCUCGACAAGUUCCUGUCCUGGACCAUGUGCUGUGCAUGUGCAAUGCAGUGCUUGUUUAUUAGUUGGCGGUGCAAAAUGCGGGUGGUGUGUCGAGGACAGCAGAUGUUACCCGAGAGAUUCACGGACAGGUGCCUGUCAAACUGUCACUAACAGUAAUGUGGAGACAAUCCGAGGCUGGUGGGGUGAUACAGGACAUUUUCUUACAUCACCAAAUGAGUGUCAAACCAGGGAUUAUCCACCAGGAAUCACUGUUAUUGAGAAUGUUGAAUAUCCAAACAGUUCUUUUCCUGAUGGUGUCAGGAUUGUCUUACAAUCAGAAGUUGAAAUUUUCCGUGAGGGGGUAUUAGACAAAGUGCGCGUGACUCAGCUGAAGGGAUUUGUAUAUCCCUUUAGGUACCAGCCAGUGCCGUGGAAGUCUUACAAAUUGUAUCUUGAGCUUAACAAUGCCGGAAACAGUAACGUUUCAUUGUGGCUCAGCACUGAUGAUACAGAGGCAAAUAGUGUAAGUACAGCAUCCUUCCAAACUAGUGUUUCAUGUCUGAGUGAGCAAAAGUUUCCUCCCAUUCCUCCUGGAGGACACUCCCCUGUGAUAUGAUAGAGUUGCUUGUAGGAAAGUUUUAACCCCCUGUAAAAGGGGCCAGAAUCUUGUUUUGUGGGUGUAGCUUAAGUUCAUCUCCACCCCUCAAGAGGGUCCUUUAAAGCUACAUCAUCAGUUUAGAAUGAUUUUAGUCAAAUCUCAAAUGUGCCAAUUGCAGAGGAAGAAAACUUUGUUUUUGAGCUUUGUUUUAACAUGUCUUUUUUGUUUACCCCUACCCCCAG